AUGGCCCAACCAAGGAUUUUGUUCAUCGACGCUUACGACUCCUUCUCCAACAACAUUAUUACCCUCGUUGAAGGAUCCCUUGGCGUUCCCGUAACAAAACUCACAAUCGACUCGCCACUUCCUUCCAACUUCCAUGAAUCGUACGCGGGCAUCAUUGUCGGUCCAGGUCCCGGCAGCCCCUACAAACCGGCCGACGUGGGCUGUAUUCAGCAAGUAUGGUCUCUACCAGAAGAUCAGAUGUUGCCUGUUCUGGGAAUCUGCCUAGGAUUCCAGAGCCUCGUGGUCCAUUUCGGCGGCACCGUCGAGCAGCUGCCGUAUCCUCGUCACGGCAUCGAAACCGAUGUUCAGUGCUGCAAUGAUCCCCUCUUCAGGGGAAUUCCCAAACUGCGCUCCGUGCAGUAUCACUCCCUACAUGGAGUUCUCGGGUAUCCAACUGACAGUGAGAGCCUCUGGACUCCGCACAAAACAUGUCCAGAACUUGUGCCGUUGGCAUGGGACAUUGACCAUGCGUUCUCACGGGGCCCUCCUACCCCCGAAGACCCGCGGAUCGCCCUCGACCGCCUCAACCCGACACAUAUCCUGAUGUCCGUGAAACAUCAAACGAAGCCUUUCUAUGGCGUCCAGUUCCAUCCGGAAUCUGUCUGCUCGAGCCCCGAGGCGCGUCAAGUGGUUUGCAAUUGGUGGCAGGCCGCCAAGGAAUGGACUAGUCGCCAUAGAAGCUCCCGGGCGGAUGUGAUAUCCGAUACGGCCUCGGUGUCCAACGCGGUCUUCUCGAAAACGAUGGACCUGGGCAAUUUGAGUGUCACCCUUAUCCGAGACCACCUGAAACCAACCGACGAUGAGCUCGUGGUUCUAGACUCGGAGAUGGCCCAGAAUUCCCCUCUGGGCAACUACUCUAUUGUUGGGCUGGUCUAUCCGGACACCCUCCGAAUCUCCUACAGUGCAGGGCAUAACCACGUGAGUCUACAGAAGGGCGACGAAUCGACCACAGAGGCCCUGGGUGAUGGUGAUCACCGUGUCUUUGACUUUCUCAAGAGUUUCAUGGAGGAGAGAAAGCGGUUUCAUGGUAAUGAGGACUCACCGUUCUGGGGAGGACUGAUGGGAUACAUCAGUUACGAAGCGUGUCUAGAAACCUUGGGUAUUGACACCACGCCUCAGCCCGAGCGGCCGGAUCUACAGUUUGCCUUCGUCGAACGCAGCGUUGUAAUUGACCAUACUGCUCGCCAGCUGCAUGUCCAGAGUAUCAUGCCUGAUGACCACAAAUGGGUCGACGAAGCGGCUGCCAUCUUGGAUCGCCUGGCCCACCCAGACCUGUUCCCCGAGGAGAACGGCUUCGAAAAGCACGGGCCAAGCUGCGCCGCCUCGUCUACGUCGUCCAAGGACAACAGUCUAGAUAGUCCAGCGACGAGCACUUCAUCCCUACCUACAUCAGCGGAUAUAGCGGCUAGUUUGGAAGGUCCACGGCCGAAGUUCACCAUCCCCACCGAGGCCGCAUACUCGCGCAAGAUCCGGGAGUGCAAGACAGAGAUCCAGCACGGCAAUUCCUACGAAUUAUGUCUGACCGACCAAACCGAGAUUGAUAUCUCCACGCCGAUGCCGGCCUGGACACGAUACCUGCGCCUCCGCAGAGUCAACCCGGCCCCCUUUGGUGCAUUCAUCCGUCUCGGACCGAUCACCGUGCUGUCAUCUUCGCCAGAACGGUUCCUGUCGUGGACUCGGCCCAAUGCGGAAGACGAGGUCACCUGCCAAUUCCGGCCCAUCAAGGGCACCGUCAAGAAGCGACAGGAGAACCCCGAUGGGAGCACCCUUUUCAUCGAUCUGGCCACGGCGACGAACAUUCUGGCUUCGCCUAAGGAACGGGCCGAGAGUUUGAUGAUCGUCGACCUCAUCCGUCAUGACCUUACCGGCGUCAAGAACUCCAGGGACGUGCGAACGACCUCGCUGAUGCAGGUUGAGGAGUACGAAAGCGUUUAUCAGCUGGUGACCGUCAUAGAAGGUAUACUGCAGCCUACAUACGCUACCAACGACCCGAGAUACCGGCCCCUAGAAAUGGGCAUCGACGUGCUCGCGGCCAGUUUGCCGCCCGGAAGUAUGACAGGAGCCCCGAAGAAGCGAUCGUGUCAGUUGCUUCGCGGGAUCGAAGAAGAGAAGCCGCGAUCAAUCUAUUCGGGGGUGUUGGGGUACAUAGACGAAAUGGCCGAGUGGGAUGAGAUGCAUACCAAGGUUGACGCCGUGCUUCGGUCGUUCAAACUCGUGAACCAAGUUGUGGGUUAA